ACGCAGUGAGCGCUUCCUCAUCAAACAGCUGUAUUUGUGUUAUUUGCUUAACAAAAAACGCUCUGUGAAACCUUUUCGAAGCCAUUUCGACAUCACAGCUUUUGAAUUAGUGUUCAUAAAAGGUUCCCCAUAAGGUGUGGCUCGUUCAUGGCGCAAGAUCUCGAUGUCUGCAGGUCUAAAUCCGGAAAAGAUCGAUUUUGCAGCAAUAGGUAUAGUGUGGCUCUCGUCUCACGUGCUCCCAGACAUGAAAUAUCUUGAAGUAUAAAUAUAGCUUGUUUGGAAUGAGGGAAACUCAGCUUUCUUAUUACAUCCAAGCCUUUUUCGACAAACAAGUCAGCAUUUCACUGCCAAGAAACAUAAGCCUGCUUCUUUAAUCGAGAUGUCUCCAGUUAAAACGUCUCUCUCUGGUGAUUAUGACACCCACUUCAAUAAAGAGAUUGAUACGGUCACCUCUGACGGGAUUCUUACUAUCAAUGAAGAAAACAGACAGAAGUCCAAUUUUCCUGACCUUUUGCCCACAUGGAACCCCAAAGAGAAACACCAACCAUUGAAGUCUUUUGAGCACAGUGACCCUGGUGCUAGAGCUGAUCCGUCUUUUCCAAACCUUCUUCCAAAAGGUGGCAAGCAAAAAAUCAAAAGAGUCACCCCAAAGUUGGGGACUGAAAUUAAAGGUGUGCAAAUCUCCCUGUUGGACGCCAAGGGGAAGGAUGAGUUGGCACUUUUGGUUGCAGAAAGGGGUGUGGUCAUUUUCAGGGACCAAGAUUUUGCCGAAAAAGGCCCCAAAUUUGCCGUGGAAUAUGGUGAGCAUUUUGGACGCCUUCACAUCCACCCAACUUCUGGUGCCCCUUUGGGUCAUCCUGAAUUACAUGUCACAUACCGAAGAGCCGAUCCGACCGAAUUCGACAGAGUAUUUUCGCAAAGAACAAGUGCUAUUUCAUGGCAUUCAGAUGUCUCUUACGAGCUUCAGCCUCCAGGCACGACUUUUUUCUCGGUGAUCGAAGGCCCAGAUUCUGGCGGCGAUACUAUUUUUGCGGAUACUGAAGAAGCUUAUAAUCGUUUGUCACCAGAGUUCAAAAAAAGAUUGCAAGGAUUGAAUGUCGUCCACUCAUCAGAACAACAGGCACUGAACUCAAGAAACCAAGGCGGGAUUGAACGAAGAGCCCCCGUGUCAAACAUACAUCCUUUGAUCAGAGUUCACCCUGUGACAGGAAGAAAAAGCAUUUUUUUGAACAGGCCAUUCGCAAGACACAUUGUUGAAUUGAAGGACGAGGAGUCCGACUACUUGCUAAACUUCUUGUAUUCACACAUUGAAAAUUCACAGGAUUUGCAGUUGAGAGCAAGCUGGAAGCCUAGGUCUGUGGUUGUCUGGGACAACAGACGAGUACUUCACUCUGCAGUCAUAGACUGGGACACUCCAAUUUCCAGACACGCUUUUAGAAUCACCCCUCAGGCAGAAAGACCCGUCGAGAAUUUGGAAGAUCUUAACAACCAUGUGGUUGACAAGGAGGAUCUUUGAAGUUCCAAACACGAGUCAGUCCAGUGCUAAGACAUCAAAUAAUCAGAGAAGAGAGAGAGACAAAGAGAGACGCGAAGAAACAUAAAAUUGAUCGACCAACGGUGUCAAAGAUAGUUUUGGAAAUGAAAUAGUCAUCUCGAAUAUUCUCCUUGAAUAUAUGAGCUUUUUAUCCUCAGG